AUGUGCUCCUGCUCCUCCGUGCCGCCGGCCUCCGCCCAGGCUGUGGCGGUGUCGCGCAGCGCUCGCUCUCGCUACGGCCUGCGCCCGCGCGAGAGGAAAGUCUACACAGAGGUGGAGGAGCCCCAGGACGACGACUUCUUCUUCUGCGAGCUGUGCAGGGAUUUCUACCUGGGGGAGUGCUCCGUGCACGGCCCGCCAGAGUUCAUCGCGGACGCGGCCGUGGCCCCGGGAGUGGCCAACAGGGCCCGGCUCAGCCUGCCCCAGGGCCUCACCGUCGGCGCCUCCUCCAUCGCCGGCGCCGGCCUCGGGGUGUGGAGCAACAGGAAGAAGCUGCCCAAGGGGGUGAUGUUUGGGCCCUACCAGGGAGAGGUGUCUGAGGAGAACCCCAUGAGCGAGUACUGCUGGCUGAUUUACAAAAACAAAAAGGAUCGUGAAUAUGUUGAUGCUCAGGAUGAAUCUAAGUCAAACUGGAUGAGGUUCGUCAACUGCGCGAGGAAUGAGCAGGAGCAGAACCUGGUGGCCUUCCAGCACCGGGGGCAGAUUUACUACCGCACGUUCCGUGCCGUGGGGCCCGGCUCUGAGCUGCUGGUCUGGUACGGCGAGGAGUUCGCCCAGGAGCUGGGCAUCGCCUGCGAGGCCGGGCCCUCGCGACGCCGCAGCAGCAGCAACGAGAUGGCUCCCAGGGCCACCGCCAGAGACCUGCAGCCCGUGCAGCCUCCACCAAGCGAGGAACACUGUGGAGUGGGUGUGGAGGUCACAAGGCUGCCGUGUCCUGCCUGCAACCGUCAGUUCAUCUGCCGCUCUAGUCUACAACAUCACGUGCAGAGGAGACACCCCACUAAGCCCAGUAACAAAAGUCAUCAGUGUGACCAAUGUUCAUUCAGCACGGACUACAAGUGUAACUUGAAGAAGCACCAGAGAACACACACGGGAGAGAAGCCGUUCAAGUGCACCGUGUGUGAGAAGGCGUUUGCACGGCUAUCACAUCUUCACAGCCACCAGAGAACCCACACGGGAGAGAAGCCGUUCAAGUGCACCAUGUGUGAGAAGGCGUUUGCACGGCUAUCACAUCUUCACAGCCACCAGAGAACACACACGGGAGAGAAGCCGUUCAAGUGCACCGUGUGUGAGAAGGCGUUUGCACAGCUAUCAACUCUUCACAGCCACCAGAGAACACACACGGGAGAGAAGCCGUUCAAGUGCACCGUGUGUGAGAAGGCGUUUGCAGACUCAUCACAUCUUCACAGCCACCAGAGAACACACACGGGAGAAAAGCCGUUCAAGUGCACCGUGUGUGAGAAGGCGUUUGCACUGCUAUCAACUCUUCACAGCCACCAGAGAACACACACGGGAGAGAAGCCGUUCAAGUGCACCGUGUGUGAGAAGGUGUUUUCACAGCUAUCAACUCUUCGCCGGCACCAGAGAACACACACCGGCCAGAAUGCAUUUUCUCAUUCCCGUGAAAACAGAAAAGUCUGCCAUCCUGAGCAAAACGCGCACAGCGCCGAGCUGUGAUUUAGUUUUAAACAACAGGCCACGUGAUUAGCUGAGGCUGUGCCACUC